UAAUGUAAUAAACCUCAUCGUAUAAAGGUAAGAGUUGAGUUAGAUUUUUCAAGUUAUUCUUGCUGGAGAUAGCAAAGUUGGAAAGACAAGUUUCUUUAUUAGAGCCACCAAGAAUAUUACCCCUUAAUAACCUCAAUCUACUAUUGGAGUUGAAUAUGCCUCUAAAUAGAUUGUUUAUAAAGGGUAAUUAGUGACAUUGAAAAUAUGGGAUACAGGUAUGAUAAUAUUGAUUUAGCUGGAUCAGAAAAAUAUAAGUCUGUGACAUCAAAGUAUUAUUCCAACUAUUUAGUCAUUUUCGUUAAUCUUAAGGAGCCUUAGUAUUUUUUGAUUUAAGCGAUCUUUAUACCUAUGAAAAUAUAUAAAAUUGGUUAAAAGGUACAUAAUUAUGAAAAAAUAACAAAAAAGAUAUACAAAAUUAUGCUGAUGAUUCCGUAGCUAUAAUAAUUGUUGGUAAUAAAUUGGAUCUUGUGAAU